UUUCAUUUUAAAUUCAGGUUUCGGACUGUAAAGACCUCCAAAAAACAAAAAAAAAAACAAAAUUUAUAGUAUAAAUUUCCAAAUUAGUGAUAUUUUCUAAAAAAAAAAAUAGUUAUGGAGUACGGAAACGGUAUGCAAUACGAAGGCUAUGGCCAGGGCGGAGAAGGCUAUGAGAUGAACUAUGACCAGAUGGGCCGUGGCCAAGGAUACGGCCAGCAGGAGGGUGGCUUUGGGCAGGAGUCAAGGAACUACCAGAGCGGAUCGGCGGCUCUCGGAGGUCCCGGAUACCGCAGUCCACUGCGGUACAACAAGAUCCUCCGCGAAAUGAACUCGCGCAACGGACUUUAUUCCCCAAUGGAGCAGCAACGAGGAGCUGGCCAGGGCGAUUACUAUAACACCCUGCCCGGCCUUGGCGGAGCGGAAGGUCAAGCCUACCAGCAGCGUGGCAAUGGAAACUCCUACUUCUGAAUGUGUGUGCCCAUGCAGUUUGUGGAAUUUAUGGCAUGCAUUUUGGCGUCUCUCUCACGUUAAAUAAAGUUUGAAUUCAAAUUA